AUGUUUGGAACCUUAAUAGACUAUGCAGCUUUCACUGGCGACAAAACGUAUAACGACAUCACAUUCCAGGCUCUCCAACAUCAAGUCGGAGAUGACGCGGACUUCAUGCCUUCGAACCAGACAAAGUCCGAAGGCAACGACGAUCAGGGGUUUUGGGCCAUGGCAGCAAUGACCGCCGCCGAGAUGAACUUCACAAACCCGGAUCCGGAUCAACCGCAAUGGCUAGCAUUGGUCCAAGCCGUAUACAACGAGUACGUAGGACGAUGGGAGCCCGACACAUGCGGUGGCGGAAUGCGUUGGCAAAUAUACACGUUCAACAACGGGUACAACUACAAGAACUCCGUUUCUAACGGAUGCUUUUUCAACAUCGCCGCGCGCCUGGCUAAAUACACCGCCAACGAGACUUAUAGCGAAUGGGCGAGUAAGAUUUACGAAUGGGAGCAAUCGGUCGGUUUCAUCAACGAAAACUACAACGUGCUAGACGGCGCCGGAAACGCAGGUAACGGUGCUGCAGCCAUGUAUAACCACACCGACGGCGCCGAGCCGUGGAAGACACGUCUAGAGGGACAAGUCAAGUCCGUGGCGAGUAUAUUCUUCGACGACGGAGUAAUGUGGGAGCCCAGCUGCGAGAAGACGUCGGCGAAGUGCAACACAGACCAGCAGGCAUUCAAAGGCCAUCUAAGCCGGUGGAUGGCUCUAACAACAGUCAUCGCACCUUUCACGUCCGACACGAUCACGCCGCUGCUGAAAUCGUCGGCCCAAGCCGCCGCCAAGCAAUGCUCCGGCCCCGCAUCGACGGAUUACAAGGGUCCGGCGGGGACGGCGUGCGGGUUCAGUUGGCUGCAGCAAGCCACCUUCGACGGCAUCAGCGGGGUCGGCGAGCAGAUGAAUGCGCUACAAGCGGUUAUGGCGCCCCUGGUCCACCUCGCGCAACCACCCUAUACGUCGGAGACUGGAGGCUCGUCCCAAGGCAAUCCGAAUGCGGGUGCCUCCGAUGCCGACAAGAUCGAGCAGCCGAAGCCUAUUACGGCGGGGGAUAAGGCCGGAGCUGGAAUACUGACGACACUUGCUCUUGGUGGGUUAUUGAGUGGUAUGUGGUUUGUGUUGAUGGACGAGAAGUAA